AUGAAGGUGGUGCAAAUCAACUUGAAUCACUGUGCAGAUGCACAGAGCAUGCUGGAGCAGUCAUUUAGAGAGCAGCAAGCAGAUGUGGCCAUCAUUUCAGAGCCGUACAAACAGCUUGAUCUCCCGACAUGGGCAACAGAUAGCUCAACAAAGGCGGCUAUUUGGUCGUGUGGAAAGCUUCCUUUUCAAGAAGCAGCAGAUACAAUGAAAAAAGGGUUUGUUCGCCCAAAGAUCGGUGGUGUCUACUUUUACAGUUGCUAUGUUCCGCCACCCCCAACCUGGGAGAGUGAAGACUUCACUAGCUUCAUAAAUGCAUUGACAAGAGAUGUUGAGGAACAUGUUCCUGCGGCUAUUGCUGGUGACUUUUAUGCCUGGGCAACGGACUGGGGCAGCAAGAGAAACAACGGACGAGGCCACAUACUGGUUGAGGCAAUGUCCUUACUCGAUGUGAUAUUGAUAAAUGUGGGAGAUGAGCCAACCAGUAGGCUGGUGUCAAACGGCAAUGAUUGGAAGGUGACUGAUGAGUACACAUUAAGUGACCACAAACUCAUCACAUGGACAGUAUCGACCAAGCGUCAGCUAAGUCAAAUCAGUCGAAAUCAGUGCCACCGUGGAUGGAAGAUCAGCGUCUUCGAAACAGAGAGCUUUAUCAAAGCACUCGACGGUACACCCACACGCUUAGAAAGCGUAUUACCGAUGGUAGAAGAGGUAAUGAGUAGAGUUACAGAUGCGUGUGAUGUAACCAUGCCACGCAAAGGUGGCAAAAACAACAAAAAAGCUGCUGCCUAUUGGUGGAAUAAUGACAUUGCAGCCCUACGGAAGGAUUGCAUCCAAGCAAGAAGAGCCGAAACAAGAGGAAGAAAGAAGAAGAGACCGAACAUCGAGGAGUUAAAAGAAGAACACAGUAGAGCAAGAUUAGAGCUGGUUAAAGCAAUCAAGUCGAGCAAAAGGCUAUGCUGGACGGAGCUAGUGGAAGAGGUUGACGGUGACCCGUGGGGGGAGACCUUACAAGACCGUCAUGGCUCGCCUGAAAAAGCGGGCAACUCCAUCACCAACAUGCCCUACUAUGCUGCAAAGGAUAGUGGAAGUACUUUUUCCCCGGAGGGAAGAAUACCAGUUCCGAGUUGA